ACAACUACCAACCAUACGAAACCUGAGGCAGCCGCUGCCUCAACCAGAUCGUUACAUUAACCUUCUCUAAGAAUAAUAUCUUGUACUUGUUUAGUAAUAGGAUAAUAUUAUAUCCUAUUUUACUGUCACUAAUAAUAAUAAUAAUUACAAACAAAUAAGAACUAGAUCCAUCUUACUGGUAUUUAUCCACUUAACAUUAAACUUUCAAAAAAACUCAAAUAUCAAGCAAUCGGCAUUGAGCCUUCCAUACUCAUGUAUAAUGAUCCUUUGCCUCACCGUCCAAUUGAACAUUUCGGCUCACUUGCAUGUCAAAAGGCAGCUCAACACCCAUUCCUACUCGUUUCGAUUUCCAAUCAACCGGUGUCAUUAUUCGAUGGCAUCUCUUGAGAAUAUACGAGCUGUUUCGACUUUUUGCGAUAACGCCGAUGGCCGCUAUAGAGGUAUCCUAAUUCACUAUCAUAAUGAUGAUCAACAGGUUCUUGGUCAGUAUCGCCAUGACUUGACUCAAGAAGAUUUUGCUAUUUCCUUGUACGGCCUCCACUGGCAACAGUUUAGAGUUGCUCAUACGUCGUAUGUUAAAGUCGCUUUUUCACAGAAUGAACAAGAAAUGGAUAUUUUACAUGAUAAAGAGUAUGAAACAGCUUUGGGUGGGGAAAUAGUAUAGUUGUUCGAUUAUAGGCGUGAUGAUAUAUUAAAAGUAUAGAACUAAAAGAGUUUUGUUGACGAGAACAGUAGCAACUACAGGACAAAAAAAGCUGAAGGCAAUGAAGAUGAAGCUCCAGGAGGCUUGACCCGAUCUUUCGGAGUCAAUGGAUUGCCGUCAAGCUGAGCAUUUCUUACUUGUCGCUGUCAGGCGUUAAAAGUAUCGAAUGCAUCGAUGUGGAAAUAGUUGCUUGCUGCACUGUAUUAAGAUUCAGUGAAUCAGGGCUGUGAAAUCAGGAUUACUUUCGUGGUAUGUUAAAGCUCAUCCAGUAGCAAGAGACUGGGUUGAUGAUCGGAAGGCUGCUGUUUGUGCAUAUCCUCACCAUUUGGCUUGAACCAACCAUUUGCGUUGCAAUAUUGCAUUUUAUUGUAUCUUUUGGAUACUUCAUAGGGCUGUUGGAUUGGAAUUCGAAUCUGGGUGGUGAAUAAUAGGUGGUAGUGGAUUACGGAACGAAAGGGCGAUAUGAUAUG